CUGUACCUGCUGCUGCUGCCGUUCGUUGUGCGGCACCAUGUCUUUCCCCACCGAAGAAAUAGAAACACCGUAUGAUCCAUACACUUAUCAAGCGGCGGAAUAUGAUAUGCACACAGGAGACCCUAAGCAAGACCUGGCAUAUGAGCGGCAGUAUGAACAACAGACUUACCAGGUCAUCCCUGAGGUGAUCAAAAACUUCAUUCAGUACUUUCACAAAACCGUUUCUGAUCUGAUUGACCAGAAGGUUUAUGAGCUACAAGCCAGCAGAGUGUCUAGUGAUCUAAUCGAUCAAAAGGUUUAUGAGAUUCAAGACAUCUAUGAAAACAGUUGGGCAAAGUUGACAGAGCGUUUUUUCAAGAACUCUCCCUGGCCUGAGGCAGAAGCCAUUGCCCCCCAAGUAGGAAAUGAUGCUGUGUUCCUGAUUCUGUACAAAGAACUGUAUUACAGACACAUAUACGCCAAAGUCAGUGGCGGACCAACGCUGGAGCAACGAUUUGAAUCUUAUUACAACUACUGCAACCUUUUCAAUUACAUUCUCAAUGCAGAUGGUCCUGCUCCACUGGAACUUCCAAACCAAUGGCUUUGGGAUAUAAUUGAUGAAUUUAUAUAUCAGUUCCAGUCUUUCAGUCAGUAUCGAUGCAAAACAGCCAAGAAGUCAGAAGAGGAGAUUGAGUUUUUGCGUUCCAACCCAAAAAUCUGGAACGUGCAUAGUGUUCUGAAUGUUUUGCAUUCCUUGGUGGACAAAUCCAACAUUAAUCGUCAGCUAGAGGUUUACACAAGUGGAGGUGACCCUGAGAGUGUGGCUGGAGAGUAUGGACGACACUCUCUCUACAAAAUGCUUGGAUACUUCAGCCUGGUUGGACUUUUGCGUCUUCAUUCGUUACUUGGUGAUUAUUACCAAGCUAUCAAGGUCUUGGAGAACAUAGAACUCAACAAGAAGAGCAUGUACUCUCGAGUUCCAGAGUGCCAGGUCACUACAUAUUACUAUGUGGGCUUUGCAUACCUUAUGAUGCGAAGAUAUCAGGAUGCUAUUCGAGUGUUUGCCAACAUUUUGCUGUAUAUCCAAAGGACGAAGAGCAUGUUUCAGAGGACUACAUACAAGUACGAAAUGAUAAACAAGCAGAAUGAGCAGAUGCAUGCCCUUCUGGCCAUUGCACUAACCAUGUACCCAAUGCGAAUUGAUGAAAGUAUCCACACUCAGCUUAGAGAGAAAUAUGGCGACAAGAUGCUGCGCAUGCAGAAAGGAGAUGCUCAAAUCUACGAGGAGCUUUACAAUUAUGCCUGUCCUAAAUUCUUAUCACCGGUGGUUCCCAAUUAUGAUAAUGUUCACCCAAACUACCACAAGGAGCCAUACUUGCAGCAGCUCAAAGUUUUUCUAGAUGAGGUACAACAACAAGCCCAGCUCUCCACCAUCCGCAGUUUCCUAAAACUCUACACAACUAUGCCAGUAGCUAAAUUAGCUGGGUUCUUGGACUUGCCGGAGCAGGAGUUCCGUAUUCAACUUCUGGUCUUCAAACAUAAGAUGAAAAAUCUAGUAUGGACCAGUGGCAUCUCUGCAUUGGAGGGAGAAUUUCAGUCUGCUUCCGAAGUAGAUUUCUACAUUGAUAAGGACAUGAUUCAUAUUGCUGAUACCAAAGUUGCUCGACGAUAUGGAGAUUUCUUUAUACGACAAAUCCAUAAAUUUGAAGAAUUGAACAAGACCUUGAAAAAGAUGAGUCAGAAACCCUGAAGGUGUCAGUUUGUUAAAAAAAUAAAUACAAAAAUGACAGUUCUACAGAGCUUAUGCCAAGAAGUUUAAAAGCCUUUUAAUAAAAAUGAGUACAAUAGAACAUUGUACUAUGUCCAGUGUUGGUGUUUCCAUUCUCAAAUGACCUAAUUGCGCCGGUGACAUAUACUUUUUGACCAUUUGGCUACUGCAGUAAUGUUGUAGCUUAGCCACUUGUACAAGAAAUGGGGAAACUUUGGAAGAAGACUUCAGAUGGCGUUCUACAAAACAUGAAGCAUUCUGUUUUUAAAUGGGUGUAUUAUGAGUUGAUUGGCUUUUUUUUUUUUUUUUGCUGAUUAAACAAGCAACUGUCAUUUGUUUUAUUUCCAUCUAUGUGUUCUUUAGUUACCUGAAAUAAUGUGCUUGUACUUUAUUCUGAUUGGCUGAAAACCCUUAAUAGACUAGCUUUAGUUC